CACUCUCUCUCUCACUCUCUCUCAUCACAUCUCAUCUGAGACACUCACUUUCUCUCUCUAGAAAUCACCAUUAAUCACUUUCCCCUCACUUCCUCCCAUCCGCUUCUUCUUCUUCUCAGCUCUGAAUCUGCAUUCCCAGCUCUCGCCAUGGGUGGAGCUCCCAUCUAUGGCGUCUUCUCCAACGUUGUCUUUGCUGCGCUUCUACUCUUCCUCUCCUGCUCCACGCUCCUCGCAUUGCCGGAGAGCUCCCGCGCCGCCGGGGGCUCGGCCGGCCAGAUAAACUCCAACUCGAUCCUCGUCGCCCUGCUCGACUCACAUUACACCGAGCUUGCCGAGCUGGUGGAGAAGGCUCUGCUGCUCCAGACCCUCGAGGAGGCUGUCGGCAGGCACAACAUCACCAUCUUCGCCCCCAAGAAUGAGGCCCUGGAGCGAGAUCUCGACCCCGAUUUCAAGCGCUUCCUGCUCGAGCCCCGGAACCUCAAGUCGCUCCAGACGCUGCUCAUGUUCCACAUUAUCCCAUCCCGGAUCGACUCGGUGAGUUGGCCCGAGUCCACUGAGUCAACUCCCCACUCCACGCUCUCCGACGGCCACCACCUCCAGCUCUCCCGCGAGGAUUCCGGGGAGAAGGCCGUGGAUCGGGCCAGGGUCAUCCAUCCCGACGCUUUGACCCGACCCGACGGAGUUAUCCACGGGAUCGAGCGGCUGCUUGUUCCUCAGACCGUGCAGGACGACUUUAACAACCGCCGGAGCCUGAGGUCUAUCACUGCUGUUAAGCCGGAGGGGGCGCCUGAGGUUGACCCCAGGACUCACCGGCUGAAGAAGCCGGCGCCGCCGGCGAAGGCUGGCUCGCCGCCCGCACUGCCCAUUUACGAUGCCAUGGCGCCAGGACCGGCCAUAUCUCCGGCGCCCGCUCCGGGACCUGGUGGACCUCACCACCACUUUGACGGCGAGGCUCAGGUUAAAGACUUCAUCCACACUCUCCUUCACUAUGGCGGGUACAACGAAAUGGCGGACAUAUUAGUGAACUUGACGUCUCUCGCUUCAGAAAUGGGGAGAUUAGUGUCCGAGGGUUACGUGCUAACAGUUUUGGCCCCGAACGAUGAGGCCAUGGCUAAGCUCACGACUGACCAGCUCAGCGAGCCAGGAGCACCGGAGCAGAUAAUGUACUACCACCUGAUCCCAGAGUAUCAAACAGAGGAGAGUAUGUACAAUGCUGUGAGGAGGUUCGGGAAGGUCAAAUAUGAUACCCUGAGGUUGCCCCAUAAGGUGAUGGCUCAGGAGGCCGAUGGGUCGGUCAAGUUCGGCCAGGGUGAUGGGUCAGCUUACUUGUUCGACCCUGAUAUUUAUACGGACGGGAGAAUAUCUGUUCAGGGGAUUGAUGGGGUUCUGUUCCCCCAUGAGGAAGUCGAGGUUAAGUCGGAGAAGAAGGCAUUUUUGCCUGCUAAGGUCGUCGCCAAGCCCAGGAGAGGAAAAUUGCUGGAAUUCACAUGCCGGGUGCUAGGGACCUUUGGACAGCAUUCUCGAUUCACUUCUUGCCGAUAAAACCACUCGGAACUCGUUUUAUACAUUUCCAAUAAGACGAUGAAUACUUAAAGAUGCUCUACUGUGAAUUACAAAGCUUGAGGAUGUACAAUGUCCAGGAGGAGGAGGAAGGCAGCUUUUACUGGGAUCCCUAUUAAAUCAUUUUUCAUUUUUUUUUGUGCAUUUUUCUACCUUUCUGCCAAUUAAUUUUUUCGGUGGGUGUGGGUCAGCAGAAGGAGGGAGUUGUUCUAGUCAUAAAUAUAUCCUGCUCAGCUCGGUACAUAAUGUUCCCCUUUUUUUUUUUUGUUGCUUUUAUUCUUUUUUAUUUUUAUUUUUAUUUUUUGAAAUCCUAGGUGGUUGUGAAGUGAAAGCAGUGGUGGUGUUCUUUUGUGGGGGGGAAAGAAAUGUGUGUAAUGAAGCAGAACAUGGAAAUGUGAUCUCUGCUCACCCAAUAAAAUAAAAAUCCCUUACAGUGAAA